UUUGUGCCCCAUUUUCUCCUCCGUUCUGAAAUACUGAUAGCAAAUUCUCGAAAAUCUUCCCACUUUUCUCUCCAGGUGUCUGACUGAGAUCAGGGCUCCUAUCCUACUGAGUGUGGCCCUAUUCUGCCAGGUGGUGCAGAGAUCCCAGCUGAGAUCUGGGCCCUGUUCUGCCAGGCACUGAAGAGCCCCCAAGUGAGAUCAGACCCUGCUGUUUCAGGUGAAAGGGUUUUUCCUCUAGCCAGGAGGGAUUUUAUAGGUAUUUAGCUUUCCCUUUAUAUUUAUGACAUGCUGUGUCGUGUUCUACUCUGAGCUGUUGGAACUGUGAUGCACCAUGUCAUGUUGCAUAGUUUUAUGGUGCAUUGUUUUGCCUCAGCUUGUUUGGUGCCUGUGUUGUGUUGGUUUGAGUUGAGCUCUUUUUCAUUGUGUACUUUAGGGUGUGUUAGUUUGCAUUGUGUUGCUUUCUUUUCCUUUGUAUUGUCAUUUUAUGCAGUGGAGUGUAGUUCUUUUUAUUUUGUUUUUGUUUCCUGAGUUGCCUGACAUUAUGCUGUGGUGGGGAUUUUUCUGUAUGUUGUGUUUUUAUACAUAUAUAUUGCAUAGUAUCAUAGAAAUGUCGGUCUGGAAAGGACCUCAAGAUGUUAUGAAGUCCAGCUCUCUUUGCUGAGGGUUUCCAAUUUCCAAACCUGAUGUGAUUUCAUGGCUGGAACAAGGGGAAAACCCGUGGGUCCCAGAUCUCCAUGGCAGUGAGAAAAUAGUGAUCCUGAGAGCUGCAUGCAAAGGUGUUGGGAUGGUGAGUGAGAAUGAGGAGAAACCCCAGCAGGAAGAUGCUGAGCAAGUAGAAUCCCAUGAAAUGUUAUCAGGAAGAUCCAAAGGAAAUGAUUCUGGGAGUUGUGCACUCCCAGAAAAAGAAGAAACUUGUGAGAGUCAGCACAGGCCAAAGGAAAACCUCAGUAGCCACUCAGACCUUAUUAUACACUAGAGAAUCAACAUGAAAAAGACACGCUACACAUGUCAUGAGUGUGGGAAAAAUUUUAAUCGGAGCUCAGAACAUAUCAGACAUAGGAGAAUCCACACAGGAGAGACGCCUUACGCAUGCUCUGAGUGUGGGAAAAGCUUUAGUCGGAGCUCAAACCUUAUCAGACAUCGUAGAAUGCACACAGGGGAGAAACCCUACAUGUGCUCUGAGUGCGGGAAAAGCUUCAGUCGGCGCUCAAACCUUAUCACACAUCAGAGAAUCCACACGGGUGAGAAACCUUAUAGAUGCUCUGAGUGUGGGAAACGCUUCAUUGAUGGUUCAGCCCUCAUCUCACAUCAGCGAAUCCACACAGGAGAGAGGCCGUACACAUGCUCUGUGUGUGGGAAAGGCUUCAAACACAGCUCACACCUUAUCACACAUCAGAGAAUCCACACAGGUGAGAAACCUUACGGAUGCUCUGAGUGUGGGAAGCACUUCAUUGAUGGUUCAGCCCUCAUCUCACAUCAGCGAAUCCACAGCGGAGAGAUGCCCUACAUAUGCUCUGAGUGUGGGAAAAGCUUCAUUCAUAGUUCAGCUCUCAUUUCACAUCAGAGAAUCCACACAGGAGAGAGACCCUACACCUGCUCUGAGUGCAGGAAAAGCUUCAAUCAGAGCUCUGCCCUGAUCACACAUCAGAGAAUCCACACAGGAGAGAGACCCUACUCAUGCUCUGAGUGCAGAAAAAGCUUCAGUCGGAGCUCUGCCCUUAUCACACAUCAGAGAAUCCACACAGGAGAGAUGCCCUACACAUGUUCUGAGUGUGGGAAAAGCUUUAGUUGGCACUCAAACCUUAUCACACAUCAUAGAAUACACAGUGGAGAGAGACCCUACACAUGCUCUGCGUGUGGGAAAAGCUUCAAUCAGAGCUCAAGCCUUAUUAGACAUAAUAAAAUCCACAUGAGAGAGAACUGUAAUAAAUGCCUUGACUAGGGCUGGCCAAAGAUUUUUUUUUUUUUUUAAAUCACAUUUGCUAAUUCCCACAUAGUGAUCUUUGCACUAUCUUCACCGUGGUCUCUCAGCUCCCCCAGAUGAGUUGCCUGCUUCUGCCUUUUGCUGCUCACCCUUCUUUGGGGUCAGUCCUGGAAUCUUUUCUAUCAGCUCCUUUCGUUUUGAGUUGUAGGAGUGUGUCCUCCUCCAGCCAGCAAUUUUCAUCAGAUCCAGAGAGAUGGUUUGAUCCCAACAAGCUUCACUGAGGCAAAAACUACCUGUGCCUUACAUCCACUAGGAUUGUACAUGGUGUUGGCGGCAGCUCCUGUUAGCAAUCUUGGUGUAAAAAGACAAUUACAGUUGUAGAGCCGAUGCAGCCCAGGUGCAGUGGUUGUAUUAGCUUUCCUCUUGACCUGACCUAAACUCCAUCACUUUUUCUAGUCUAAACAAACCCUGAGCAUCACGGUUACACUGUUUCCCCCAUUUCAAAGCAAUUGUUAGUCAUCAAGUUUCCACUUCGGGAACAAAUUGUUUCAUUCCUAGUUGCUCUAGUGUUGCUUCAGGUUGUGCUGGAGAGCAGAUAUUUUUUACUACCAUUUUCCUCACUUAAAAUAUAUUGAACUAUAACAAAGAGCAGGAACAGGGCAGGGAUAGGGGAAAAGGUCAUUUCACCCUCUGUAACAACAGAAGAAGAUAGGGUUAGUCAGAGGGAUUCCCUUAUUCCCCAUCACUUUCCCAACCCCCAUGUUGUUCAAUUGGUUAGGUCAAUAUUUUUUCUAAAGGGCUGGGAAGAGGAUUCCCUAAUAAAUGACUUGUAACUCAGCAAAAUAUCCAUGCAUUUGGCUCCCAAAGCAGUUGUGACGCAGGCCCUGCAGGAGGUCACUCCUGCAGAUAUGUCCUUCCAAAUCAGAUGCAUGAUGCCUAUUAUUUGGGAAAUGCAAUCCCUAGCUAGGUAGAAAUGGAAAAAAUGAAACUGACAUUUCUGUUCCGCUCGCCCCUGGGAGAUGCUGCAAAUGUAUAGAAAAUGAAAUCCGUGUUGAAUGUGAUAGAGCUGCAGAAAGAUACCUAUUUUUAAUAGAUUCCUGACUUUUGGUGUCUUACAGGGAUUUUAAGACACACCUGAAUUUAGUCCCUAAUUUAAAUCUGUGCCACCAGAUUAAAGAAAUAAAAGGCCAUAUUUGGGGGAUUUAUACCUCAUUAUCGCAACUGGUAUGUUCUGUGGUUGGUGAAGAAUUCUACGCCAGAGAAGUGUAAAAUUACUCCAAGUAAGUUCAAAGAUUUGACAAGAACUCAGGUAGAAAUUACAGGUUUUAGUGGUUGAUUUUCACCCAAAGAGAUGGACACUGUGGUGACCUGUGGCCCAGGUAAACUAUUUUUAGAACGCUGCUCUCUAGUUAAGUGGCAUUGAUCACACUCCUAAAGGAUGCUAUCAUUAAAUUGUGAACAGUGGUCUUUUACCAUUUGGCUCCAAAGUUUCAUGAACCACAGGGAGAAACAGCUGAUUGCUUCAGAACGAUUCUAUGCCUAUGGGUCCCAGUCUGGCUGCCUUGUUGGACAAGAAUAACUUCCAUGCUGGGCAAAUGAUGGUAGCCAAUGGGGGAAUGUAUCAGAUUCCAAGUUCAGACUGCAGGAUACAUGAAUGCUGAGUCCUGAUGCUGUGGUUUUGUCUCUUAGUUUUGGUCUUGAGUCUAAUGCAUUUGUAUCAUUUCUCCGCCUCCUGCUACUUUGAAAGAUUAGAAAGUGUGAAAAUAGAGCACAGGUGGUUUUUCUCAUGAUGCAACCUUCCUAUGCAGUUUUAGACCCUUUCCACCCACACUUACGGGAGAAGACUCAGGGAGAAAUGAACUCACAGAAAUGGAAGGCUCCUAGGUUAUUGUAGAAUGUGACUUCACACAAAGCUCACUGGGUGGAAAUGGGAAUAAAGACAAAACUUCCCUAUUGGUUUAUAUUUUUAAUAUUUGAAUAAGUUGUUACCAGCGACAAUGAAAUUAAACAUGAAGUUAAUUAGUGAAACGUAA